UUAUUGUCAGGGAUCACCUAUAUCUUCAACUGAAUCUGCUGGUUACAACAAUUCGGCUGGUUACGAAAAUUCAGACAAUUCGGCUGGUUACAACCAUUCAGACAAUUUGGGUGAUGACGAUACAUCGUUUAAUGCGGAUCUUGCGAAAGAAAUUG